UUCUCCCCCAACUGCCCGAGACAGACCGUUGUUCAACACAGCAGCACCCAGACAGAACAGCAAGAACAACAACAAUAGCAGCAGCAACAACCCUAACCACUUUUUCCUAAAGUUUUUAAACACAUCUCACAAAAGAAAAAGAAUCGAAAAACGAACGGCACCCACCCCCCCCGGUCGCCCUAAUCUCGAAAACAGUCUCCAUGCCACGUCAACAAGCAAUCAACAGCACGGCAUUCAAGUCAAUGUCUGCCUUGAUUGGAAAGGGCAUUCACCAUGCAGCCAUGGUCUCCAUUCGCAACCCCAUCGAAAUGGUCGUUGCGGUGCUUUUAUUGGCAUCCUUUGGCUACUUUACCCUGUACAACGUCGCCCGCACCUCUGAUAUCUUUUCCGGGACCAGUACGCGUCUAUACCCAACAACAGUCUAUGCUCCAGCACCCACCAUCCACAGCGCCUCCGACUACACAUUCACACUCGUCAACGACGAACACCAACAGCAAGAAUCACCCUCCUUACCCACAGCAGCAGCAGCAGCAGCAGCAGCAGCAAAGAACGCGCUCAAGAUCCAUCUGAAACAAAUUACAGUGUCCGAUGCGGAGCGCGGCGUGCUAAACUUGAAUACCUUGGCCACCAUCCUCCGGUUCCAGCAGACAGUCGAGAACAAUGUCCAUGUGCCUGAAGAGUCUACGGCUAUUACUGCCAAGUUUUCGUAUCGCAACGGUCUGUGUUACAAGCUUGGUAAUGGUGCCUGCUUUGUCCAGUCGCCGCUGGCAUUGUGGGAAAACAACGAAACCGUUCUGAGUGCGGAUGAGGAUAUCGCCUCCACCGCUGCUAACCAUGCUGCUCUCAUUGACGCGGCGUCGGUCACCUUGUCGUACGCGGUGAAUGCGACCGGAUCGAUUCGUCGGGAACUCGCACGGCAGUGGACCCACAAGGUCGAGAACCUGCCGCCAGCUGCCGAUAUCGUAUCACACGCGGAUCGUAACGAGGGCGAGAAUUUGUUUGCUUGGUUAUUGAUCAUCAGCCGCAACGUUGUGUUUCGCUUAAAAGAGCUUAUCGAUAUGGCGGAUAACGUAGAUAUCAUGGUGAUUCUUGCAGGAUACGUCAUGAUGAUUAUCACAUUUGUCUCACUGUUCGUCAAUAUGCGACGUAUGGGCUCACGGUACACGCUUGCAACUGCGGUUUCGGUCAAUGGCUUGUUUUCGUUCAUUCUUGCGCUUCUGACAGUUCAUGCUUUGGGUGUACAACCGUCUCCAGUCGUCCUGGCUGAAGCUAUUCCUUUCUUGGUUGUCACGAUUGGCUUUGAGCGGCCCUACAAACUCACCAAGCGAGUGCUCGAGUACAGUAAAGAAGCGCCGUUGACGCGCCAAGACGUCCGUGAAACCAUCAUCCGUGCAGUAGACUCCGUCGCAUUGCCCAUUGCGCGUGAUUGUGUGAUUGAAAUCAUGGUGCUCACACUGGGUGCGAAAUCCGCGAUUGCUGGCCUUCGUGAGUUCUGCUUCCUGUCCGCCAUUCUCCUUGCCUACGAUGCUGUGUUUUUGUUUACAUGGUACACGUCCGUUCUUGCACUCAAGCUCGAGCUCACCCGUAUUCGGGAGAUCAGCGGCUCGGCUUCUUCGUCCAGCAACAACAACAACAAGAAGCAGACCAAGCCAUCCAACAUGAGCUUCAUCCGUCGUACUGUCGUUAAAGCAUUGAGCGAUGACCAAAACGCGUCUCCUCGUGACAUCCAAAAGUCGGAUGCCCCGUUUGUCGGUCGCCUUAAGCUGCUUAUGAUUGUGGCAUUCGUAGCCGUGCAUAUUUUUGAAUUUUGCACCGCAUUCCAAUCGGGACCCCAGGUGGACGUUACCCAGCCUAGCGUAGCGCAUGUGCUCAAUGCCAUUUUGCAACAGCACAAGGAAUCCGGUAGCCAUCUGCCGUUGAUCGUCGAGGUCUUUCCUCCGUUGCUGUUCCAUGUGCGGUCGCCCAACAAAAGCUUGAUGCCCGAGUCGAUCACGCGACCUCUGGAGGCGUUGUCUGAGAUUUACGCCGUUUUUAUCCAGCACCCAGUCAUCAGCCAAUGGCUCACUAUCGGCCUUGUCGUCUCGUUGUUCCUCAACACUUAUCUUUUCAACGUUGCUAAGCAGUCCAACAAGCAAACUGCCGACCCAAAGUACACAUCGGUCUCCUCGUCUUCGUCUCAACCCGUCACCACCACUACAGCUACUUGUCCGCCUAGCGUCACCAAAAAGCUCCCAACCCCUGCAUUAUCCGAUACCGUUCGACCUGUAGAGGAAUGUCUGACCCUGGUCAAGACGCCUGAAGCCCUCAACGAUGAGGAAGUCAUCUCUUUGGUACAAGCCGGCAAAAUGGCUCCCUAUGCACUUGAAAAAGUCCUAGGCGACCUCGAGCGGGCUGUGUCUGUUCGCCGUGCCUUGAUUUCGCGGGCAUCGUAUACCCAAACCUUAGAACACAGUCUACUGCCACUAGAAAACUACCAUUAUGACAAGGUGCUGGGCGCCUGUUGUGAAAACGUUAUUGGCUACAUGCCUAUCCCACUUGGCAUUGCAGGUCCAAUGAACAUUGACGGUAUUAACACGCACAUUCCCAUGGCUACCACUGAAGGUUGCUUGGUUGCGUCGACUGCACGCGGCUGCAAGGCCAUCAACGCGGGCGGUGGAGCAACAACCAUUGUGACGGCAGAUGCAAUGACCCGGGGUCCAUGUCUGAGCUUCCCGAACAUCAUCCGUGCAGGCGAAUGCAAGCGCUGGAUCGAACAAGAAGGCAACGCAAUCAUCACCGAAGCGUUCAACUCGACCUCGCGGUUCGCCCGUCUGCGCAAACUCAAGGUAGCGCUUGCCGGCCGACUUGUGUUUGUCCGUUUCUCGACGACCACAGGGGACGCGAUGGGCAUGAACAUGAUCUCCAAGGGCUGUGAAAAGGCCCUGGGUCUCCUGGGCGAGCAUUUCCCAGACAUGCAGAUCAUUUCACUGUCCGGCAACUACUGCACGGACAAGAAGCCUGCAGCGAUCAACUGGAUCGAAGGCCGUGGCAAGAGCGUCGUCUCGGAAGCCGUGAUCCCAGGCGCUGUCGUCGAAAAAGUGCUCAAGACCAGCGUAGCAGCCCUGGUCGAACUCAACAUCAACAAGAACUUGAUUGGAUCCGCCAUGGCCGGCUCUGUGGGAGGGUUCAAUGCGCAUGCAGCCAACAUCUUGACGGCCAUCUAUCUGGCUGCGGGUCAAGAUCCUGCACAGAACGUCGAGAGUUCAAACUGUAUGACCUUGAUGACCGCAGUCAACCAGGGUCAGGACUUGCACAUUUCUUGCACGAUGCCCAGUAUUGAGGUCGGUACGGUCGGCGGCGGUACCACGUUGCCACCCCAGCAAGCUGUGUUGGACAUGCUCGGAGUACGAGGACCGCAUCCGACGUUGCCGGGUGACAAUGCUCGACGGUUGGCACGUAUCAUUUGUGCCUCUGUCAUGGCCGGAGAAUUGUCGCUGUGUGCGGCAUUGGCUGCUGGCCAUCUUGUAAAGGCACACAUGGCGCACAACCGUGCUGCUGCUGCUGCUGCUGCACCCACCCCUGGCAGUUGCAUCAAGUCAUAGCUGUUGUUGUUCCUCCUCCACAAAAAGUCGUCACUCACUAUUAUAAUUUAUUGCUUUGCUUGUUUGUUUGUAGUAAAGUACCCUACUUGUCGGUUCUUAAUGUAAAAAGCUACUCUUUUGUAACUCUCACUCUCCCACACACACACACACACACACACACACAUUUACACAUUUACACAUUCACAUCUCUCGUUGAUAAAUUAUAUAUCUUUUUUUUUCUCAUUUU